CCGCUCCAGCGUGAGUGAAGAGCAGCUGCCUUCCCUGCGCGCUCUCCAGGAGAGAGGCGGCUGCUCCUUCCCUUGAGAUGGCAAGUGAUGGAGCCGGGAGUCCGUGCCAGCCAGCAGCAGCAUUGACUGAAAAAGGCGAUGUAAACCCUGCAAAGAAUUCAGCUGCUUCCUGAGCUCCGGGUGCCGGUGCCAAGCGCAAGGGUGCCCUUCCCAGAACGGCGCCCGCCUGCCUCCAUCCCAGCAGAGCCCACGGGACCCGCCUGGGGCAGCCGGACCUUUUGCUGUGGGAGGACGGAGGGAGCGCCGCAGCCCUGCUGCACUCGCAACCCAAGAAAUCUGGACCCUGGAGAUCUUUCCUCAGUGACGUGGCUGUUUGGACACAGCCUUCUCCUCCUUCUGCUGCAAUAGCAAUGCUAGUGUCCCCAUGCAGCUGCAGUGAGGAGCUCUUGGCUUGGGCAGGAGCAAACCCUGGGCUCGGCGUAGCCGCGCCGGUGGCUAUGGAGUGAUCUGUGCUCUGGGUGCGUGGGCACAGCGGGGAGGCUGAAGCUGGCUGCCCGGGCACUGGGGCAGCUGAAUGCGCCCUGCCCACGCGCUCCUCGCCUCUGCCAUGAAUGAUGCAUCGACGAUGGAUUAUGAACUGCUCUCCCCCUCCUUGGUUGAGCACCCAGCCGGCACUGCGGGUAUGGAUGCUGAGCAGAAAACUGUCUUUGCCUUUGUCAUCUUCCUCCUCGUCUUCUUGGUGAUGCUGAUGGUGCGCUGCUUCCGCAUCCUGCUGGACCCCUACAGCCGCAUGCCCGCCUCCUCCUGGACUGACCACAAGGAGGGGUUGGAGAGGGGCCAGUUUGACUACGCCUUGGUGUAGAGGGCAGGGAUGGGGCGAGCCUGGGUGCUCUGUGUGCCUCCCACCCCAGCUGGCCCCGGCCCCGGCCCCCCCUUCCUCUGUGGUGUUGCCCUGGGCCAGCACGGAUGCUCCGGGCAGGGAGGUGAGGUCGGGCUCUUGUCCGGGGUGGGUUUUCUAGGGGUUUCUCUCUUUUCUAAGCACUUUUCAGUUCUCUUCGCAGUCUGCAGGACUCUUGGAGAGAUGUGUUGGAGAGGUGAUACGAUUCCGCGCGGUCCCUGCUGCCCACCGUGCCCCCGGGCAGCUUCGCGUGCUGCAGUGAGGGGCAGGAGGCGAUGGGGCAGGGCACGGCGGGACCUGCCCUCAGCCACGGCCCACCGGGCUCCUGGUCUGGGUGGCUCUGCCUGGUGCCAGGCCAGAGCUUUGACCCCCACCUCCUCCUGCCCCCCAUGUCGCCCUCGUCUGUGUCCUCUGGGGAGUGCUGACCGUGGUCCAGUGCGUGUGUGUGUGUGUCCCUGUAGCUGAGCUGUGUCUGUCAGGGGGUUUAUAGGCACCAGACCCAAGUGCUGGCUUUGUUCCUCUCUGUGUGGCAGCCCCAAGUGCCCCCCCCCUCCCCUUCCCCACAAGUGACGGGGAGAAGGACACCCCCCCACGCACAGCCCCCUCUCGGCGUCCAGCCCUGCAGCCUGCUCUCUGCUUUACACCGUAGUGACCUGUCCCUGCCCAACUGGUGAAAAUGGUCUGAGCAAGGUGCAGUCAUGCAGCUCCCUGCAGACCUGCCUGGGUGGCCCUGCUGGGAUCCCAGGAGGGAUCAAAGGUCCCACACGACACUUGGGAGAUGCUCCUCAGCCAGCCCAAGCCUGGCAGCCUCCCACCGCUAUCUCCCAUUCUGGCCAGUCCCUGCUCCAGCAGGAUCUGGGUGGCCUCCCCGUGUCCAGGGGGUUGCUGGGGGUGGCCGGCCCUUCCCUGGCCAUCCUGCAUCUGGGUAUCAGAAGGGCUGUGUAAGCAUUCGAGGGGAAAACAAGGCUGUCCUCCUGCCCCUCUGUGGGAACCAUGCCUGUUGAGUAGGGGUGCUGUAGCUAGCCGCGGGGCUAGCAAAUGCCAUGGUGGGUUAUGGCUGUGGGCCACUAAAGCUUUGUACUCAGUGAUCGGAGCCCAUGGGGGAGAACCUCUUCCCCACCAUGGAAAUAAAGCUGCACUGUGCUAACCCCA